AUGCUGGACUCGUCGUGGUCAUCUUCCUCAAUGGCAGAAACAGAGAUAACGUGUUGCAGACCAGACACGUCCUGCAACUUGGUGACCUCACCUCUGAAGAAGUCCAAGAACAGAGACUUAAUUUGCUUGAAGAGAGGGUGGGAGUCGAAAAUCGGACCGUUGAACACAAACAUCGGCUUGAGACCAACUUGGAAAGUGACUUUCUUGAAGUCUUGGAACAGCUUGAAGUUGUUCAGCACCAAAAGCUCCACCAUAUCGUAG